GCUAGAUCCCCGGGAUAGUGUUUUCUGCAUCUUUGGAAAAUCCUACUUGGCAACCUGUUAGUUGAGAAUGAGGACAGCAGAGGACUCUUCCGGGACUGUGCUUCACCGCCUCAUUCAGGAGCAGCUGAGGUAUGGCAACCUCACAGAAAACCGAACACUCCUGGCGAUACAGCAGCAGGCACUGCGUGGAGGGGGGAGCGGUGGCACCCCACAGUCCUCCCUAGAGAGCCUUACCCAGGAAGAGAGCCAGAUGGUUCAGCAAUCCACCCGCCAGGAGCCCCAGGGCCAGGAGCACCACGGCGACCACCUCUACCUGGAGAAUAACAUGUAUCGGCUCUACCAGCCUCAGCACAAGGGAGAGGAGCUUCCCACCUAUGAGGAGGCCAAAGCUCACUCCCAGUAUUACGCCUCGCAACGAGGGCAGCAGGCUGGCACCACCUCUGGGGGGCGUGCCGAGGGAGGGCAACGGCGAGCCUGCGCCUCUGAUGCCAGCGGCAAGCAUCAGGAUGAAUCACUGAAGGAGCUGAAACACGGGCACGUGCGGUCACUCAGCGAGCGGCUCAUGCAGAUGUCUCUUGAGAGGAAUGGUGCCAAGGCUCAGAGCCACAUGAGCUCCUCCCACAGCUACCCGCAGCUUUCCAGGCACUACCAGCUCUGCGUCUCCAGGGGCAAGCUCCCUGAGGAACUGGAGCCCCGCGCGCCCCCUCCAGAAUACCCCUAUAUAAUCCCCUCGCAAGAGGCUGCGGGCAUUUACCUGCCAGACCCCAGGCACCACUACAGAGAAGGUCCAGGAUUUCAGCAUCCUGAAAUCAGGGUGAUGCAGGCUCAGAUGGCCCAAGCGUUCCUUCCGCAGCAGGCCGCGCUGUGCCAGAGUCCCCUGGGGUCACUCACUUCAGCUGGGAUGGAGGCACUGAUGACAGCCCAGGCCGCCUCCGCCAGUAGUCACUUGUCCCAAAUGGAAGCCAUGUUGAUGGAGAACGAGAAGCUGCUGAGGGAGAACGAGAAGCAUCAGAGGGAAAAUGAGUUCCUGCGGCGGGAACUGGAAAACUACGGCGAAAAAGCCAACCGAAUCCAGAAGUUGGAAACUGAGAUUCAGCGAAUUUCAGAGGAUUAUGAAAACCUAAUGAAGGCAUCUUCUAAGCGAGAGGCAUUGGAGAAGGCCAUGAGGAACAAGAAAGAUGGGGAGAUACGGAGGUUGCAGGACUUCAAUCGGGAUCUGAAAGAGCGUUUGGAAUCUGCAAACAAGCAGCUGGCCAGUAGGGCACAGGAAAACCAAGAAGCUAACCAAGGGGCCAUGGCAAAACUUCUUGCCCAAAAAUACCAGCAAGAAAAGGAGCAGGAGGUGGCAAUCCUGCGUAGUGCCAACGAAGACCAACGCCGGCGAGCAGAGCUGUUGGAGCAGGCUUUGAGCAAUGCCCAGACCCGAGCAGCCAAAAUGGAGGAUGAGCUGCGGAAGAAGCGGGCCUAUGUGGAGAAAGUGGAGCGGCUGCAGCAGGCCCUGGGGCAGCUCCAGGCAGCCUGCGAGAAGCGGGAGCAGCUGGAACUGCGCCUGCGCACUCGCCUGGAGCAGGAGCUGAAGAUGCUGCGAGCUCAGCAGAGACAGAUGGGAGCGCCAAGUGGAGGAUCUUCUGAGCAGAAUGCCCAUUUACUGUCGGAACAGCUGAGAGAAAAGGAAGAGAAGAUCCUAGCCCUAGAGGCAGAUAUGACUAAGUGGGAACAGAAGUACCUAGAAGAGUGCACCAUGCGGCAGUUUGCCAUGGAUGCUGCUGCCACUGCAGCUGCACAGCGCGACACCACCAUCAUCAACCACUCCCCACGCCACUCCCCCAACAGCAGCUUUGAUGAGGACCUCUUGUUGGCCAAUCACAAGCACCAGGAGAUGGAGAACAGGUUAAAAACACUCCAUGCCCAAAUACUGGAGAAGGAUGCAGUCAUCAAAGUCCUGCAGCAGCGCUCUCGCAAGGACCCUAGCAAGGCUCUUCAGGGCUCUCUGCGACUUGCCAAAUCUGUGCCAUCCAUAUUUGCAGCCUCUGGGACCCAGUUUUGGCCCAGCGUGACUGGCAGUGAAGGUGGUUCCCGAGGGAGUGCAGCUCCCAAGGCCUCCACAGAAGCUGCCAGCCCAGCCACUUGUGUCCCUCUUCCCUCCCACACCAAACACGGCAGCAAAGAUGGGAGUACGCAGACGGAAGGCUCGUCCGAGACCCCUCAGUGCGAAGAACUUGAGCCCCACCUUGAAAGUAGCAGUGGUACAGCAGAUUCAUUAGAGACGUUGCCAGCUGCUAAAACCCUGGACCUGUCUGACAUGGUGGAGAUUCUCAUCUGAGGAAAGGGGGGGACUCCUCCGUGCACACGACCAGACCUGGCCAAUCCUUUCUGCCUUAUCCGAGGACAGUGACUGACCGAAAGCACACAGGCUGGAGAACCCUUUGGCAAUUAAGAUGGCCUGCAGAGGGUAGACAGGGACCUCGCAA